AUGCGAGGGAUUCGUGGUCGUAGAGGUAAUGGCCGCGGAGGAAUUGUCCGAAAUGCACAGCGUCCCUCGCCGACCGUUUUGCAAGUUGCGGAUGCUUCCAUACCGGCCUCUUUAGCUGCGAAUCGCCUUGUAGCACCUGCUGUCUCAUCAUUUGCUGCUGCUGAUUCAGAAGCUGGUGAGGCUGCUUUAUGGAAUAUCUGGAAUCAAGUGGUGGAAUACGCGUCGAAGAUGCCAGCCAAUAAGCUUGAUAGGGUGGUAGAAGUCCUCGCAGCCGUGGCUGACCUAAAAGAGCCGGCUGAGUUUGAAAUAUGGGGUGAGCAGGUUACUUGGAAGCAACUCCCAUUGCUGGGGCCUGCCAUUCGAGAGUGUUGGAACGAUGAGCAACAUGCAGAACCAUUCAAUAUGAAUGCACUCGCCGCCCGUCUUACAGCUGCUGAUCUGGUAGAUUUUUCUAUCUACGCGAUCUGGACGCUGCGUCGGGUAUUAGAGGACACAGCACCAGAUCAGAUUUACAGUAAAAGUGGAGACGAGGGGUGCAAAGCAGCUGCGGCAUGGUUUAUCUACGCGGGUAAGACUAUGCACGCGUUUUGUAAGGAGGGUAAAACAUACGAUGGUCGUGCUGCAGAACAGGGAAGCGAUAUUGUUGACAAAAACUGGAAUGGUUACAGUGAAGGGAGAUGGUGGCUUUGGGUAGAGCGGCUGGAGGAGGUUCAGAAGACUGUGGUGGACGAAGAUACGAAGAAAGUUUUACAAAAAGCGAUGGAAGCGAUUCAAGAUGCUAGUAGCGAGUAG